GCCGGGAAGCGAGGAAGGAACUCGGUCAUCUGCGGGUGUAAGAGUCGUUUGUGUUUUCGGGUCCGGAGUGCUCGCGGGAGUUGGUGGGAGAGAUACACGUGAGGGAGGGAGGGAGUGACGUCCCGGCAGCGGGGAUGCGAUGCGGUGCCGUCGGCCGCGGUCCGGCGAGGACAUGACCAGCCGCCGCGAGCCGCUGCUGCCUGGAGCCAGGGACCGCUCCGAGCAUGGCCGCGGGGCGGUGUGACAGCGCCCCCACGUCUACGGCCGUGCUACUGCCGCUGCUUCUCGCGCUGGCGUCGGGCGCCGCGGCGGCCAGCGUCAUGGGCGACGAGUGCGACUGGUCCGGCAGCGGACUGUCUGCGCCGGAGCGCGCCGUGACGCCCGUGUACCUGCGCUGCGCCCAGGGCCGCCUACAUUGGGCCUACCCGCGCGGCGCCCUGCGCGUGGUGCUGCGCCUGGGCGCGUCGGGCCGCGAGUUCCGCGGCUGCGUGCGGGCGAGCGGGGCCCCGCGCGGGACUGCGCGCGUGCUGGUGGAGGCGCCGCGCGCGCGCCUCACUGCGCUGCUCAGCGAGCCGCAGGCGGCCCCCCGGUGCUUCCACAGCCGCGGCGGGCAGGCGGCGCUCUACGUGGAGGCCCUGCGCAGCGCUCCGCCCCAAGGCCGCGAGGUGCUGGCGCUAGACUACCACCUGGAGCCGCUGCCGCGCGGCCGGGCCGCCUACGACCCCGCCGAAGAGUGCCGGCCAUGCACCACGGAGGAAAUGGGCCACGCAUACUGCACGAGUGAUCUAGUGGCGCGCGGCAUCAUCCAGGCGGUGGAGAACGACGAGGCGCUGGAGGUGAGCCGCAUGACGGUGAAGCUGACCAAGCUGCUGCGCCACUCGACGCCCGACAACGACCCCGAGGGCGGCCUGGCGCUGCUGGACGAGGAGCGGCGCGGCAACUCGGUGGAGGCGGCGGCGGCGGCGGGGCGCGACCGGCGGGUGCGCAUGCACGUGGCGUCGCACUGCGGCGCGCGCCACGGGCCGGGCGAGUUCGUGCUGAUGGCGCGCCGCAAGCUGGGCGACCUGGUGCUCACGUGCGCGCCCCGGCUCGAGGACUGGGCGGAGGUGGUGAGCCGCACCAACCGCGACGGCAGCGCGCACUGCGUGCUGGAGAGCUAGUGGCCUCCCCCUAACUGGGUGCAGACUGGAACAACUCCGGACAUUCACAUUAGUCUUCAGACUGCGUGCUGGAGAGCUAGUGGCCUUCCCCUUCCUCACUGGGUGCAGACUGGAACAACUCCGGACAUUUACAUGAUCCUUCAGAUUAACUGUUUCUUUUAACUUGGGAGCGGGUGGCUAAGGUUGUACCCAUUUUUUCAAAAGUUAGGUGAGCCAUUAGGAGGUUAAUAAAAACUGUGGAUAAAAUUUAAUUGUGUAUUUCUGUGGAAGUAUUAGAGAAAAUAUUUCGGUUUUGCAAGAAAAUUUUCAAGUAAAUUACAGUAAAAGUUUGUCAAAUUUCACGAAUAUGGCCGCACCAAGGCAUGCAGAAACUCGGUUAUUCAGACAAGGACCGCAACCCUUAAAACCAAGAAGUAGUAAGUGGCUGUGCCUGCAAAAGCUUGCACCUACUCGUAUUUAUCUUCUUUUUUUUUUCUUAUGGAGCAUUCCAUAAUGGUUUACUUUGGAACUUUCAGGUAGAAACUAAAAUCACUAGGGUGUGUUGACAUCUGAAAGGGCCUAUUGUUUUUAAAUUAAUAUAUUUUAAGUCUGCAAAGUUGUAAAGUUCUCGUGUGGAUAUUACAGUUUACAGGUAAAACUUUAAUUGAAGCUUCAACUCAAAAUCCAUGCCUAUAUUUAUGUGUUCUUGGCUUUGAUGCUGGGAAGUAUCACCUUUUUUUGUUGGCCACCGAUUUGCUAGAUGCUUUAACCGAGUUGCCUAUGAUUCAAUUUCUUUUUUAACUGAAGGUUUCUCAUUGGUCCAGGGCCUCCUGUUAAAAAUGUGGGCCAGCAGCAGAACAAGCACGGAGGUAUGAAUUUUUUAAUUUUUCCCGUCUCUACCCAUGGGGCUUGCGCAUGGCAUCUGUAGUGCUUCACAGAGUUGAAGGGGAUGCUAGCGAAAGUGUGUGACUGUGCAAAUCAUGCUGUUGCGUAGUUGAGCUGUCAAGACAAGCUGGUCGCUCCCUAGUAGGGUGGCAUGACGGAUUGUGUGAAACUAUAUCAUUUGAUUCAAUACGCAUGCAGAACUUUCAGCACAUUGUGUGUGGUAGCAAACAUUAAUACAUUGUGAAAAUGCACCACUUACUGUCGUUUAAAAGUGCAAUAACUUGCCUAGUUUUAGUCGCAGAUGAACUGUUGUCGUAUGUGAGGGGCGACCGUCCAGACAUGAAAGUGAGAAAUAUUUUUCUUAUGACCGUAUUGCUGUACAUUUUUUAUUUAAAAAAAAUAAAGCUUUUUAGUAGUUACAAAAAUUUGUUAGUGGAUUAAAAAAAAAAAAAAAAAACAUUCUGAUUUUCUUGGUUGCAUUAUGUGGGUGAACCUUGUGGAAAAGCUUUCUUUUUUUUUUGCCAUGUUUUCUAGCAGUGCUUUCUGUUGUCUUCCAUAACGUGUUAUGAAGUACUUUACAGUUAAAAACUGUUUUGUGUUUUUUUCAAAUGACUUCCAGGAGUUUUUGCUUUCUAGUUCUAAUUUCUAAGCUAAUAGUCCAUUCCGUUUUUUACAAUACCUACUAUAUUUUCUAUCUUUGCUCAAAUAUUUUUGAAGAAAAUUUACCUAUAUUAUUUUUAUGUAAAACCCAUGUAUGAAGUGUACUAUAUUAAAUUCUCCAUAUUGGAGGCAAAAUGUAAAAUAAUUACUUGUUGGGUCACAUUGAAAAAAGUAUAGAGAGGGUUUUUAUGGGCCAAACAUAACUUAGGUAUUUUUCGACUUAUUUUUCUGUUUUGUUAAGAAUACUGUACAUAACAUAAACUAAAUAAUAAUUCACCCUCAUUUCUGUACAGUUUUGUGCUUUUUUUAUAAGUUGAAACACAUAAUGUUUAUAACUCAAAAAUAUUUUGUGCACUGGGUGAGCAAUAAUCCACAAUGUUAUGUUGUGGUAUAUGCAGGAUUAUAAAUUUUUGCAAAAUUUUUUCAACAUCAAUCACCAGUACAUGUUUAUAUAUUUUUUUUAAAGUUGUACAAAUUUUGUAUAGGUUUGAUAUUAUUUUUGGGGUGAGUUAUUGAGUUGCAGACAAAAGUAAGAUUUUAAGAUCACCUAUUUGUGAGGGUUAUACAGAUUUAACAUACAUAUACCUCUAUUUAAAAUUAAAUAUUUCACUUGGUUUCAUGUUACUUUUUUAACUACUAUCCACUAUUAGUGAUCUGUGCUUAGUAAAGUUGACAGCAAAUCAGUGAAGUUCUUCUACAAAUUGAGUUUUAACAUCUCAUUUAGAGGCCAGUGUUCAAGUUGGUUUACAACUUAAAUUGGUUUAAUUUCAUUUAUGUGCAUUAGAGCCAGAUUUUAACGUAGUACUAGCAUCAAUGUUUUAGUAAUUUUUUCAGUUUGUUAAAAUCAGUAAUUUGUUUGGCCCAUUUCUGUGUUGAAUAGAUAAUUAUUUCUUUAAAAUGAAUACAACUUUAAACUGAUUUAUGUGACUCCACACACAUUUCUUUAAAACAGAAUUAUAUAUAACUAUUAAAACAAAAUUAAUUAGUGAUAAUUAGUAUGGGAGCUGAAACAGUUGGUAUUCAUGUAUCUUAACAAAGCCUGUGAACUUUGCAACUGUCAUUAUUUCAUACACAUUUAUAAAUAAGGCAAAUUGGACUAAUAGAUAGUUUAAAGAAAUGAGUACUAAACUGUGAUGAAAGCUGUGUGUUUUUAGCAUUUAAAAGUAUUCCUUCUAAAGAAGGGGGUGGGGAAAGGUAGUGUUUGAUUAUUAGCUUAAAUUAUUUGUAAGCUUUGCUCCUGUGCCUUUAAUUUUUAUUUCGAAUAUUAAGAGUAAAUUUUUCUCAACAACUUCACGAAGCUCAGAAUUUCCUGCUAUGUAAAGAGGUUGUUUCACAAUAGAAGUUUCAAUUAUACGUCAGUCAUUUGAAUGAAAGAUAGGUUAUUAUUUUGUGAAAUUUUUUAUAGGUGUCCUACAAGAUUGAAAUUUUAGCCAAUCAAACUAUCAUUAAGUACAAAAACAUUUGAUCUGUUUAAAAUGUAACAUCUUUCGACAAAAAUAAAUGGAAAUAUGUUUUUUUUUUCUCCAUCCAUUUAAUCUCUUAACAUGGUUAUAUAUAAGCCCUGGCUGUAGCUUUGGAGCCUGUGCAAAAUUUAAUCAUGGCUUAAGGACUUGAGCAUAAAAACUUCAGAAAUUUGGAGUAUAUGUAAGAUUAAUUAUUUUUUUUCUAAAUAUGUAAAUAUAUUUUUAAGUAAAAUUAACACAUAGAGCACCAGCUAAAUCACUGCUACUUUAAAUUUCUUCUAGUAUAUAAUAUAUGUAUUUUCAAUAAUAUAUCUUAUAUUAAUUCAAUAACUUUUCUUUUUUUUUAUUACUUAUACUGAAUUUUCAUUAAUUUUAGUGUCUUCUUUGUGGAUUCAUUGUGCCAAACAAUCUUACAACAAAGUGUUUUUUUUUUGUUUUUACUUAUCCAGUGCUUAUUUUAUAAAGAGGUUUUUUUUUCCUUAUGUGUCAAGAUCAUUUCUUAAUCACCUUUCUUUGUAGUUCUUGUUUUCAUCUCUUUACCAUCUUAGUUAAUUCCAAAUUAAUAAUUGUUUACUAAUGCUAAAAGAUGAAAUUUUGUGCAAAAUGAAAACCAAAAUUUGAUACAUUGUGUGUUUAACUUCAUAUUAAAUUUAAGUAAUUCUCCUCUUGCAUCUUCCCUUUUUAAAUAUGUUGUAAAUCAACACAUUUCUGUAUUAUAAUUUCAAUAAUUGAUUGAAUAGUGUGCUAGACUUGUUCAAAGUUGUAUAGCCUAGAUAUUUUUUUUAUUUUGUAUAAAUGUAUAAUAAAAAAAUUAGCUUUGACAGAGCAAACAGUGUAUCAACCCUGUAAAAGUAGCUAUAACAGUGAAAAGUGUAUGAAGUAUGUAAAGGUUUUUAAGUUGUACAGAGAUUUUUUUUAUAUAUUAUAUAUAUAUGUAAAAUAAAAGUUUGAUUUUAAUUAAGCUAACAGUGUGAAGAAGCUGUUAACAUUUUUUUUUAUUAUAUAAAUAAGGUAUAAUAUAGAAUGAAUUAUCAGUUGUAUUUGCCACGAAAAAUUUUGUUCUGUUUGUUGCAUUUUGUCUAUGUGACAACUUCAUGAACACCAUAUUUCAAAUAUAUAACAAUUGUAUUGUUUUAAGAGUAUUUAUUGUGACUAAGUUCAUAAUACAGUACUAGGCUGGAAAGUCUUAAGAAUACCGUAAAUAUGUUUAAUGAUCUCAGUAAAAUCGCCUAAAUUCUUUUCAUACAAGAUCUGUAAUAUUGUUCUUAGCAACCUAAAAAUUAUGUUUUUUUUUUUUUUUUAACCUAGAUAUGUCAUUAGGUAGUAUUUUCUUUGAUUCUCCUUUGAAUUUUUUUUUAUUCUUACCACUUAAUUGGUUGCAUAAUACAUUUCUUGUUAGUGGGACUGAAAAUAGUGGAUUAUAUUGUUACGACAUAUCACUGUUGUGUUUUAUACUGUUUAUUUUAAAUAACUCAUGUGUGUGUUUACAGUUUAAGUUAACUAAAGCACUGGCUAACAACAAUGUUAUUGAAAAAAUUGAACAUUGAUUUCAGAGCUAUAGUUUUUUCUUCAAAGUUAUGGAGACUGAAGGAAUAUAUUAAUUUUUUUUAUAGAUGCAUCAAAGGUGUGAAAUAGCUUUUAUUACAAGUAACAAAAACUUGAUUUAAAUUUCUUCCAUUUCAGAUUGCUCUCGGAUAGCUUUUAGUAAUAACUAUAGAACUGAACUUGCAAUAUGUGAUAAUGAUAAACGUGUGUGUGUGUGUGUAUAUAUAUGUAUAUAUAUAUAUAUAUAUAUAUAUAUAUAUAUACACACAUAGUUGGUUUACAUGCUUGUAAAAUUACUUGAAUAAAAGAGAGUUUAAAAA